AUGUUACGACCCGUCGUUCAAUCCUCCCCACUAAUAGUUUAUCGUUCCUACUCGAUCGUUCAGGCUGCAAAAAACGCUUUGAAUAAAGUAAAUCUCAAGUUGGGAAAGGUUGCAGCUAAAGAUAUCGAAUACGUUGAAAGUGCAGCUACUGAGAUGAAUAAAGCUGCUCACAAAACAGCAGAUUCCGCAGCCUAUUUGAAUAAGAAAACGGGAGAAAUACUUGCUGAAGGUAUCGACAUGGCCCAGGUGGCCAAACAUCGUGCUGAUGCAAUAUCAAAAGUUCGUAAGAACAAACUUGGCUACAAGAACUUACAGGACAAGGGCUCCAAGGUUGAAAGUGAGCAAUGCAGACCAGAUGAUGGCUUGUAA